UCACUGUCAUGAGACAUUCUCGCAAAAAACUCCCGGUUUUAGUAACGCAGUAACGCAGCGUUCCUACGGGAAUGUAACGGUAAUCUGAUUACCAUUUUUGCAAUAGUAAUCCCUUACUUUACUCGUUACUUGACAAAAGUAAUCGGAGAUGGGCAGUAAUGCGUUACUUGUAAUGAAUUUGAUUUAGUUCUUUUGUCUCCUGCUCAAGCUGUGGUUUGCAGUAUGAUGUUGAAUUUAACACUAAAAAGAGUGUAAUAAUGAGCGCCUCAUGUAAAGAGGACUGAUAGCAAACUAUUUACUGAUUCUGUUUGGGAGGUAAAGUUUUAAAUGUAGUGACUUUAAGUUAGUUAUUUAACUCAUGUCAUCAGAAAUGAUGGCCAAUGUUGUAAACUUUAUGCACAAACAAAUAUGCUAGUCUGUAAUUUCUACAGGUGCACAGAUGAUGUUAAAAUAACUCUUUUUUUUUAGAGACUGUUGUACUGUACUUUAUGCAGCACAUUUGUGGUGCACUUACAGUAUACCAUAACAAAGCGUCAGGUAGCAUAUAAUUACUUAGGCUUCCAUGAUGGGACAAGUGCAAGACAAAUGUUGGUGACUGGUAAUGUUUCAUAUGUAAAUGUAUGUGUUCAUUAAUUGAUUCAGAAAAGCUGGUCACAGUGAUUUUAGCUGUACCAUCUUUAAGUGAUACGAGAAACUUAAAUAUAGAUGUUAUACAUUAUAUAUGAUAUCAUAGAUAUUUCUCGUUCGUCUAGACAAUUGUCUGUUCACACUGUAACUUAUAACGAUUGCAUUUUUGUGGUGUCUUUUAUUAACUUUUAUUAAAAAAAAAUAAAGAUCACUUUAUAUCAGUUGUAAAUGUGCAGAAUAAAUGGAGAAAAAAAAUAAUGCCUUUUUAAUGAUAUUUUGUUUUACGCCUGGCAUUAAGUUAUGCUACAAUUAACAUUUCUAUACCCUGAAAAACCGACAGAAAGUUGAGAGAAUAAUUUUUUUCUUCAUAUUCUACUGUUUAUUAUUAGUUUUAUAUAAUAUUUUUAGAUUUUUAGAAUUCUUGUUUUAAUUCAAUUUUUUAAUUUAUUUUUUGGCAAUUUAAUUUUUAAAAUAUUUUCUUUUUUCCUUUAUUUUAUUUUGAUACGACGAUGACGUCGCAGAUUUCUAGCAGACCGUAAGCGGGCGUGGUUAGAGGGUUUUAGUUGGGCCAAUCAGGAGCGCCUAAUGUUAAUGAGCUGCAGGAGUCGGUGUGGUGAGCGGUUCUCCGGAGUAGAGGAGUAGAAAGCUGCGGACUGGAGUCAGCUAGAUCAUUGCGUGUUUCUCUGCAUAUGAAUCUCUGGAUGGCUGGUUAACCGCACAGGAAGAAGAAGAAGAAAAACUCUUAAUAGUGCCUCCGGUUAUUCCGACGUGCCGCUGUGUGUCGCGGUAAAGCGGAUAUUUCUCACUUUAACUGGAGUCAGAAAGAAAAGCGGCAAGAUGAAAUACAAAAACCUGAUGGCCAAAGCGUUGUACGACAACGUGCCGGAGUCCCCCGAGGAGCUGGCCUUCCGGAAAGGGGACAUCCUGACCGUCAUUGAGCAGAACACAGGCGGCCUGGAGGGCUGGUGGCUCUGCUCCCUGCACGGCCGCCAGGGCAUCGCCCCCGGGAACCGCUUGAAGCUGCUGAUCGGACCCAUGUUCGAGGCUCAGUCGUCGGGCGCCGCCGCCGCCCCUUCUCCAUCUCAGAGCUAUCAGCAGAAGGCUAACUCGGGGUCUCAGGGCCUCUACCAGGUGCCCCCGUCCCUCCAGAGCCCACAGCAGCAGAGUCAGCAGAGCAUCUACCAGGUCCCACCGGGACAGGACGUCUACCAGGUCCCACCGAGGAGUACUCUAGCAACUGAUAACACACCAAGCAAGGUGGUGACCCCAACCAGAGUGGGACAGACCUACACUUACAGCCCAGGACAGCAUAACCAGCAGGACCUCUAUGACGUCCCACCCAUCAGAUCACAAGGGGUGUACGAUAUUCCACCUGGUCAGAUGUUCCCUGGUCAGCAAGGCGGAGCCAGAAACCAAGGAGUCUAUGAUGUUCCCCCAUCACCAAUGGACCCUAGGUCACAAGGCAUCUAUGACAUCCCUCCAACCUCUCAAGGGGUCUACUCAGUGCCUCCCUGCAGGACCAACUCUGCCCAGCAGGAGGGGAACUACGACUUCCCGCAGCCCCUCAAGAGCAAACAGGAAGGCAUCUACGACGUACCCCCACCUGUCCUCGCCAAGCCCGCCCAGAGCUCGCAGUCACAUUACGACUUCCCACCGAACGUGGAGCCUCCGGCUCAUCAGCCGCACCCAAACACCAAUGGCAAUGAAGGCAUUUACGAUGUGCCACCGCCUGCCUUUCAUUCAGGGGCGGGGUCUCGCAACGACGUGUACGACAUCCCGCGGGUCAUGCAGACCUCCCAGCACAGAAGCUCGCCCGCCGACAGAGACGGCAGCAAAGGCAUCUACGACAUCCCCGCUCAGGAUGCUCGCGCAGUAGCGGACGUGACGGACGGCGUGAACCGCCUGUCGUUCUCCAGCACGGGCAGCACGCGCAGUAGCAUGUCCACCUCCUCGUCCUCCACUGGCUCCAGCUCUGAGGGCCGCCUCGCUCUGGAUGUGGACACCGCCAUCCAGAAGCUGUACCGCCUUCAGCAAGCAGUGGACAGCUCAGUCGGGAAUUUGCAUUCAAUGGCAGCUUCCCCUCACUGGAGGACUUUUCCUUUCAUGGAACGCCACGCCAACGACGUCCGCACAGUUCUGGACAGAGUCCGGGCCGGUCUGGGAGACUUCAUUGUGUUUGGCAGAGGUGCCGCGGUGAACGCGACGUCUUUGUCAGACAACAGUCUGCACAGUAAGCUUCGAAGGCAGCUGGGACGCCUGGAGGACUCACAGCAGAUCCUUCUGCAGAUCUACCAAGCUCUGGAAAACUGCAGCUGGGCGCUUAACACCCUGGCCUCGUCUGGAAGGCACCACAACAAGACCGACGACCUGGACCGCUUCGUCAUGGUCUCCAGGACUGUUCCCGACGACACCAAGCAGCUGGCCUCCACGAUAGGCAGCAGCGCCGAGCUGCUGUUCAGGCGGACGCAUGUGGACGGAUCUUUCUCUGUGGGCAGCACGCCUGACGAGAACGUGAUCCACCCGCUCACCUCCCCCUCGUCGGACAACGACAACAACGGGGGCCAGACCAAACCUUUCCCCGUGCCCUCGACCCCAGACAAGGACAACAUGAACAAUAGCGAGAAGUGCGUGAAAAGCUGGAUGGAGGACUACGAUUAUGUACAUUUGCAGGGCAAAGAAGACUUUGAACGGCAGCAGAAGGAGCUUUUGGAGAAAGAAAACAUAAUCAAGCAGAGUCAAGUUCAGCUGGGUCAGGAACAGCUCAAUCAGUUCAAGAAGCUGGAGCAGGAAGUGAGCAAACCCGUGGAGAACGACAUCACGCAGUGGAUUUCACACCAACACUCGGCGCCGCCCUCAGACUCCUCGUCCUCCUCCACCUCCCUCUCCCCGUCCGCCCACCUGUGCGCUCGGGACCGCCAGCUGCUCAGCUUCUACUCGGAGCAGUGCGAGCAGCACUUCGUCACGCUCCUCAGCGCCGUUGACGCCUUCUUCGGCUGCGUCAGUGCCGGCCAGCCCCCCCGCAUCUUCGUGGCACACAGCAAGUUCGUGAUCCUCAGCGCCCACAAACUGGUCUUCAUCGGGGACACGCUGUCCCGGCAGGCCUCGGUGCCUGAGGUGGCAAACAGGGUGAUGAACUCGAGCAACGUGCUGUGCGACCUGUUAAAGACGGUGGUGUGCGCGACUAAAACGGCCGCCCUGAACUACCCGAACACAGCCGCCAUCCAGGAGAUGGUGGACAGAGUCACCGACCUGUCGCACCACGCUCAGCAGUUUAAAGAACAGUUGCUGCAGAUGGCUAAUUUGUGAUUUUCACCCUCAUGGCUCCUGCACAUCACUCCGUUUGUACAUCUGACAUAAAAAUAUAUAUAUAUAUAUAUAUUUGCAGUAUAUGUAUGUCGCUCUCCAUCUUUAAGCCCGUUUAAGAUGUUGUAAAUAGUCUGUGUUCUGUAAAUAUUUGCUCUAUUUUUAUGUACAUUGUUCUAUAUUAUGAUAUGGACGCAUAUAUAGAUGCAGUACUGGUGCCUCUGUAGGAACAUGUGGACAUUUUUCAUAACAUUCCCAUUGCAUAUUAUGAAGCACCUUAUGAGAUGUCCUGUUAUUUCAUUUAUAACUGUAGAGUGUCGUUUCUGUGUCUUCCUGCUGGAUGUGACAGUUAAAAGUUCCUUGUAAAUCAAGUCGGUGUCCGUGUGUGUGUGUCCGUGUGUGUGUGUGUGUGGAGCUCUCCACAAAGUAAAGGACUGUUCUUCACCACAGGGGUUUGUCAUCCUUAUGUCGUCCAAGAAGUGAAGCAGUCAGAGGGGUUUGGAUGAUAAAUAGUGAUA